CGUACGACGGGGCUGCAGUUAUGUCAGGCAAUAAAAAUGGGGUUCAAUCGAAGGUACGCUCCAAAAACCCAGAAGCUAUCUAUAUUCAUUGUAUGGCCCAUAAACUAAAUCUUGUAGUUGUCGACACAUGCAAAAAUAUUAAGGACGCAAGAAACAUGUUUAAUGGUAUUGAAGCAGUUUUUGUGCAUUUUUCAAACCCCUCAAAAAAUGCUAAACUUAUUGAAGUUCAGGAAAAUUUAAAAAUUAAAAAGUCAACAUUGAUGCGUGUGUGUGACACGCGUUGGAUUUGUCGAUUUAAAAAUUGUGAGUCGAUAAUUAAUAACUUUGAAUGCAUAAUUCAAAUAUUACAAGAAGAGAUAGUUAGUGACAGUGAUAAGAAUGUUACUCAAGCAAUAGGUAUUUUAGCUAUUCUACAGAAGGGUUCAUUUGUUAUUUAUUUAUUUAUUUUGUAUGAAACUUUACUGUUGAUAAAUAUUUUAAGUAAUCAAUUACAACAAAAAACUGCAACACUUGGUAAUACUGGUGUAACUGUUAAUGGAGUGAUAGAAUCGUUUAAAAAAAAACGAAAUGCCGCAGAAUUCUCUAAGCUUUGGCAGAAUAUUGUCAACUUUGCUAACAAAAAUAAAAUUUCAUUAGAAACACCAUCUCUAUGCAAAGAAUCAAAAAGAAAAAGAACACAACCAAAUUCUUUAAAAAGUUUCAACUUAACUACAACAACUAGUGCAGCUAGUUUAAUUAAUGACACUGAUACAAUUUUAUCUCCAGAGGAAUAUUGGUGUAUUCAUGCUUAUUAUCAAGUAAUUGACAGUGUUAUAAUUAACAUGGAAGACAGAUUUUCAGAACAAAGUCUGAAAUUGGCUACUUCGAUUGAUAAUUUACUCAAAUUAAAUUAUGAAAAGAGCAAAUAUUUUGUUGAUCAUUAUGAAAGAUUGACAUGUGUAAAUAGAAAGAUAUUAGAAGCAGAGAUGACAGUAGCAAAAAAUAGCUUUCUACAAAAUAAAGAAACAUUUGAAUUAGCUGACAUUAUUAAUACUGUAAACCAAUCAGUGUAUCCAAAUCUAUAUAAACAUUUACAACUUGCUAUAACAAUCCCAGUUAGUUCGUCUACAUGCGAGCGAUCUUUUAGUACAAUGAGAAGAGUCAAGACUUGGCUCAGAACCACCAUGGCUGAAGAUCGUUUUAGUUCUUUAGCUAUGUUAAAUAUUGAAAGAGAUUUAUCAAACAAAAUUGAUACUGAAGUAAUUGUUAAUAAAUUUGCGGAACAAGACCGAAGGAUUGUGCUAAAAUAA